AUGGCAGAAGGAUCCUUUAAUCGGUUUUUCAAAUGGCUUGGGAGAGUUUUAUUUGGUAUAACAUUGGUUUUGUUGAUAUAUCUAUGUCCUAUUCUUGAAUUUACGAAAAUAUUAUAUUUUGUAAUGCAUUCAGAUGUGGUUACAUUAAAUAAUCCUAUUAUUGAGUAUAUUUAUUUAGCAUUAUCCAUUCCACUUCCAGUUGGCUUGAUAUGGUUGGGUAUAUUAAAUCGUCAUUGUAGUGUGGAUAUUAUAAAGAAUAAAAUAAUAGAAGAAUUAUGCUUUGUACCGUUAUACAUGAUUGUAAUUUCAAUUGUCUACACGCAUUACACCGUUGGUAAUAUUGGAGAUGUAUCUUUAUUUUGUCCAGUUCCAGAAAAAAAUUCCGUAGAUGUUCAUAAAGCAUGUGUAAUCAGUACACUCAACUUUUUAGCAAUGUGGCUAUAUACCAUUUUGUUAGUAUUUAGUAUAUUUGCAUAUUUCUGUAAUUGUUGCCCGGAAGAAAGAGAUUUUAAUUUCAAGUCAAAAAUUUUGGCAGGUGUUAGACUUGAUGAUAAUGAAUCGUUGUUGCCAAAAUCUUGA